AGCUAUAAUACUGACUGCCAACUCUCAGACGUCCACUUCCUGUUUAUAGAUAACUGGGAAAAACUUGGUGUCAAGCUGGUGUCCUCAAUCAUUUUACUGGCACUGAAUUUAAUUACUGUCUUAAAUUACAGGACUAACUGCUGCAGAAUGUCACCCAUCAGGGUGAAUGUGAAGCACAGACAUUAUGGGCGUGGCUGUAGGUUUCUGAUCUCCCUAACAGUGUUGGUUUCCAGUAAUAUAAUUGACACACCCUCUGUUUGCAGCUGCCAAAGCUCUGCCCAUUUUAAUUGGCGCUGCUGCAGGGGCUGCUGGGAUGAUUCUCACCUGCAUCUUAUUGACGAUUAUUCUCAAGAAAAGCUGCACUAGACAGAAUCAUGGCAGUAAAACACAGGAAACAGGAGAAUUAACACUGACAAACCAGUGUGAAAAUGACAGUUGUGAGCUGUUCUAUGCCAGCAUUGACCACAGCGGAUGGACUGAACAGGGAACAGGAACAAUCCGAGGGAGUUCACAGAAAACUGAGUAUGCAGAGGUCAAGCUUAGUACUCAGAAAGAGCUGGAAGGUACAAAUAUGAGGUCUGAGGUCCAGGAGGAACAGGAGCAGGAUGUUGAAGUCUUGGGGGUCAGUCCUGAACCCAGUUUUAAGAGGAAGCAAAUCCAGAAACAAGGGAGUGGAGAUGUAUCUGGAUGUGGCUUCAGAGCCCAAGAAUCUACAGAGAGCCAGAAGAGAAAAAUUGAAAUCGUGGUGGAACAAGAGACCAUGGAGGACAGGAAGAGCUCAGGGCCGGAUGAUCAGAUGAACACACCUGAACCAAAGGAGGAAGCAACAUAUGGGAACAUCUGCCAUCAGCUGUCCACCAAAGGUCCAGACAAGAGGUCUGCUACAGUGGAAGCUUCUGGGAAUAAGUGGCAAAGUGGUGCUAAUGAGGAUCAACAAGACCAUCAUGCUGCCAUGUUUAACCCGCUGAUCUCAGAAGAAAAUGGCACAAAUGAGAGUGAGUAUGCAGUGGUGAGGAAGUUCUAAAGUGCUCAGUAGGAAAGCUACCUCAACAGCAUGAAGUGUUAGUGUGAUAAGCCUAAUGUAUGUCUCCUGAAAAAUAAUAGGAGGAGCUAUUUCAUCAGUAAUAUGUAUGCUGGGUAUUGUAGUCAAAAUACGUGUAGGCAGGAUGCAGAAUGUGAGUGUUUCAGCUUCAGAUGCCGUCUGAUCUGUAGUUGUGUUUGAGUGUUUUCUGCUGAUUUAGGAAAGUAGGGGCUGUAUUGAGGAUUUUGGGGGGAACUGAUUUUAUUACAAGAGCUCAUUUAAGUAAAGGGGACACAGAAGGGGGUCGAGAGAGAGGUGUAUGAAGGACGUGGGGGAAGCUUCCCAGCUACAGGCAGUGUUAACAAAGCCGGACUUGGGCUUCUUUAAGGUCAGCGACAGUCCUUCUGCAGGAGCUCAGCAGCUGUGAGUAGGACUAUGGGCUGCCAGCAGAGGAUCUGUCUUUGUUUUUUUUUUCACAUUAAGCGCACCAAUGAAAAUCUUCCCCGGAAAAGCACAAACAAAUUCAAAUCAUAUUCAAAUUUCAUUUGUCAGAUACCAAUCAAACACAAUAUGAGUUGCAGUGAAAUAUUUGUUUUACAAAAGGUACUUAGGAGGAGAGUAAACAGUCUUCAAGUUGUUUCAAGUUUGUUUUAUUCCUGCCACCUUUCUGCAGUUCUUGUGUGUUUCUGAGGUUUGUUACUUUUAAAGGGAAAUAGUGUGUAUAUAUAUAUGGGUGAGGGUCUGUGUUUUCUCCCCUAUCAGAUUUUUUCCCCUCAUUAAACGCACCAAUGAAAAUCUUCCUAGCAAAUGUGCAAACAAAAGUUACUUAGGAGAACAGGAAACAAACUUUAAGGUUUGCACUUUGUUUGAAGGGGAUAAAAUGGUAAAGUCAUCUUUACAGUUUAUUCCUGCCAUCAUUCUUCAUUCCUUAUGGUUUUCUGAGGCUUUUCUGUUGACCUUGCAUUUUCCUUGAGAUAAUUUUGGGGUUGUUUUUGUAAAGUGAAUUGACUUUUUAUAUUUGGUGUUAUAAUAAACAAUGUCAAAUUUUA